AUGCAGAGAGGUCGGGGCAUAUUCAAUUUUGCAAUAAUUUUAUUGCAUAUUUUUUUCGUACAUUUGACGUUAGCCGAUUUACCUAUUCAUGUGGAAAUAAAAGAUUUGAUUGGAAAGUGGAAAAUAUAUAAGACGAACACGUCCCCCACAAUAACUACUUGUGGAUCUACUCAACCCAAUAGCAAUUUAUAUAAUAUAAACAUAAAAGAUUAUAAGAAGUAUUUAAUUGAUAAUCAUUAUCAAUUUGCAUCUGAAAUGUAUGUAAUAUUAUCCGACGAUUUUGUACGAUAUGGCGAUUACUAUGAUACGAAAGAGAAUGAACAUAGAAAAAAUUGGAAUGUAUUAGCAGUAUAUGAUGAACAUAAAAGAGUCAUAGGUACAUGGACUACUAUAUGUGAUGAAGGAUUUGAAAUAAGAUUAGGAAAAGAAACAUAUACAGCUAUAAUGCAUUAUGAUCCUUCUGGAUAUUGUAGUGAGCUUAGAGAUGAUGAUGAAACGGAUGCUAAUGGGGAAACUGACUGUUAUAAUACUAAUUUUAAUAAAAUAAGAUAUGGAUGGCUAGAUGUAUUGAACCCAAACAAUGAACGUGUAUAUGGUUGCUUCUAUGCUGAAAGAUAUCGUCCACAUACUGACAGUGUAAAUGAAGAGGGAGGACAGAACAGUAGCAACGACAACUCCACAGUUGUAACAACAAAUAAGGUACAACUGAGCCCCAGUUUUACCAGUGGAGUUAGUAUUCACGCAGUACUGAAUGCUCAUAAUGCACAAUAUACCACCAGCUCUGCAAAUUUGGUACCCCCUACUUUUACAAAAAGAAAGCAUACCACAUAUAAUGUGAACAGUGAGUUAUAUUGGCAUAAGUUGAAACAUUCCGCAAAAAAGAAACCACUAUCAAAAUUAUUUAAUUUUAAUGAGCAACAGAAAUAUGCUUGUCCAUGUAAUGCAGAUGAGCAAGUACAAGAUGUAGUAAAUAGUGGAAGUUCUAAUAAUCCAGUUUCCCCUAACUUUUUACAAGUAGGAAAUAAGUCAGAUAUAAAUUUGAAUAAUAAAUCUAAUGAUAAUGAUGAAGGAACAAAUGAAUUAGAUUUAGAAAAUUAUGAAGACGUAGAAAAAUCUCCUCAUAGAGAGUUAGAAAUAGAUGAACUGCCAAAAAAUUUUACAUGGGGUGAUCCUUUUAAUAACAAUACAAGAGAGUAUGAAGUCAUAAAUCAAUUACAAUGUGGAUCUUGUUAUAUUGCAUCUGAAAUGUAUGUAUUUAAAAGAAGAAUUGAAAUAGGCCUUACAAAAAAUGUAGACAAGAAAUAUUUAAACGACUUUGACGAUGUUUUGUCAAUGCAAACUGUAUUGUCAUGUUCAUUUUAUGAUCAAGGAUGUAAUGGUGGAUAUCCAUUCUUAGUAGCUAAGUUAGCAAAAUUGCAAGGAAUACCAUUAAACAAAGUUUUCCCAUACACAGGAAAGAAUGAAAUGUGCCCUUAUAAUGUGGUUAAAGAUGUACUAGGACUCUACAAUGGUAAUAAACAUGGUAAUGAAACUGCUGAAUCCACUGGUAACAUAAAAAUGACUAACAAGUUAAGGGAGAUAAAAUCAAUAUUUAAUGAGAAUGGUGAAUAUGAUAUGCAUGAACGUUUCGAUUAUUUAUCAAGUGCAGAUCCAGAAAAAUGGUAUAUAAAGGAUUAUAAUUACAUUGGUGGAUGUUAUGGAUGUAAUCAAUGUAAUGGUGAAAAAAUUAUGAUGAAUGAAAUAUAUAAGAAUGGUCCAAUUGUAGCAUCAUUUGAAGCAUCUUCCGAUUUUUACGACUAUGCAGAUGGAGUAUAUUAUGUAAAAGAUUUCCCUCAUGCCAAAAGAUGUACAAUCAAUUUCAGCAAUGAUAGAAAUAGUGGUAAUAAUAAGAAUAAUAAUGUGGUAUAUAAUAUAACAGGAUGGGAAAAGGUUAACCAUGCUAUAGUUAUCGUUGGAUGGGGGGAGGAAGAAAUUAAUGGAAAACUUUACAAAUUUUGGAUUGGUCGAAAUAGUUGGGGUAGGAAUUGGGGAAAAGAUGGAUACUUUAAAAUUAUUAGAGGUGUUAAUUUCAGUGGUAUUGAGAGUCAGUCCCUAUUUAUUGAACCUGAUUUUACACGAGGUGCCGGUAAAAUCCUUUUGGAAAAGUUGAAGAAUGCCUAG